CAUUAUUGGAACAAAACAAGCCGAGCCGAGCCACCCGCCGCUAUAUUGUUGUUGUUGUCGUUUGUUGGCGUCACUGAGCUGCUCUGGGGUGGCCGCGCUCCUGACCUCCUCCCCACGCCUUCAUACAAAUGCAAGAGAUGGAGUGGAACAACCGACAACAAAUUGUGCACAAAUGGCAGCCUUUUGGCUUACAGCAGAUGCAGAUUCAGCAACAACAACAGCUGCAACAGCAGCAUCAGUUGCCUGCACAGCAUCAACAGCAGCAGCAGCUGCAGCAACAGCAACACCCACAGCCUCCACCCCCUCAGCAGCAGCCUCAGCCACAGCAACAGAUGCAGCAGCAGCAGCAGCAACAGCAGCUCCAGCCACCUCCUCUUCAGAUGUCCCAGUUGGCCCCGAAGGUGAACAGGACGGGCGGCUCCACCACCCCUCACUGCCUCGUCUGUAAUGUGCACCUUGGCAUGUUUGCUAAGGGUGGCAUGGAGGUGUUCUCAGAGAAGGUGACCACUACCAGCGGGAAGCUGCAGAUCCACAACGUCCUUGGCUCCAUCAUCAACUCUGAGCUGAAUGCUGCUGCUGUGCAUUCAAGCAUCGUCUGCAAGAAGUGCUUCAAGCUGCUGGACGAUAUCGAUGCUUUGGAAGUGCAGCUUGUUGGCAUGAAACAGCUUGUGUCCAGCAAGUAUACCAUGACCCUGGCACUGGUGAAGAAAGGUCUGGUGGGCAAGGCAGUGUUGGAGGAGAGUCCCAAGCAGCAGCAGCAGCAGCAGCAGCAGCAGCAGCAGCAGCAGCAGCAGCAAGGGCAACACCAACAGCAGCAGAUCACCCUGCCAGCAAAGGCUAAAAAGUUGCCUCCAAAGCCCCUCAACACAGCAGGAAAAGGCAUCAAAUCCAAAGGUGGCACAAGAAGAGGCCGGCCACCCAAAGCAGUGCGUCCACGGAAGGUUGGGAAGCUGGCUGUCAAGUCUGGCAAGUUGGUGGUGAAGGGAGUGGAUGUGACCCUGGCACCAGAGGUGGAGCUCAAGGAGGAGAGUGUGUCCUCUGAUGAUGAGGAAGGAGUGCCGAUGGAACUGGACCUUGCUGAGGACACAGAAGAUGAAGCUGGCUCCAGCAUAUGCUCUUUGUGUAAUAAAGAAUUUCCAUCAAGAACACUUCUGGUAUCGCAUCUCGAAACUCAUGGAAUUAACUGUGAAUCUCACAAGUGUGAAAUUUGUGAUAAAAGUUUCCUUACUGCAGAGAGUCUUGUUAAACAUAAAAGAUUGCAUAAAGGAAAGAAAAAGAAUGUUAAACGAAGGGCAGGCUGUCCGGCCUUUGACAUCACUCACAUAAAGCAGUUUAAGUGUCGUCAGUGCAACAAAGUGUUCACCACGAAGAGCAAGGCGGAGGACCAUGAGCGGACUCACACAGGGGAGAAGCCCUUCGAGUGCGACAUCUGUGGCACGUGCUUCAGGCAGAAAAGCAACCUCUCAUCUCACAAGAGAGUGACUCACCUGCAGGAGAGGCGGUACAAGUGUGAGUUGUGUGACAAGGCCUUCAAGUGGAAAAGAUUAUUGAAUGGCCACACCAUGAGCAUUCACACUGGAGAGCGGCCAUACAAAUGUGAGUUUUGUGAGGCAGGUUUUGUGUAUCAACAACAUUAUAAAAAGCACAUGAGGAUUCAUACAGGUGAGAAACCUUUUAAAUGUGAAGUGUGCGGGAAGGCAUUCAAUUCCUCAAACAACUGCAGGGCUCACAUGUUCACCCACUCAGACAAAAAGCCAUACGAGUGCACCCUGUGUGGGGCAGGAUUCAUGCGCAAGCCUCUUGUUCUGUCCCACAUCAAGCAGCACGACCACAUAGACAACAUAGAGGUGUAUGUUAAGGCCAACUCACCCACAACAGCAGUGGCAGCAGCAGGGGAGGGCAGCAGCAACAUGGGUGGUGCCAGGAGCCCCGUCCCCAAUGCCAUUAUCCGCAGGAGGAAGCCAAACAGAGAGCCGACACACACUGCAGUGAUGCACAUGACUCAGGGACCACCACAGCCUGCCCAUAACAACAUGGAGGAGAGUAUACCUCACUUCAUCAUCCCCAGCAAUGACGGCAGGGAGGCCACAGCCACCGGGGAGACAAUGGGCUAUAUGUUUGGCACCUUCCAGACACAGAGCACAGUGGGCCAUUACACACCCCUCAAUCUGGGCCAAUGGUAAGCUGGAAGACAGCAGCAUCCACACAUACUGUAUAGUAUUGUGUUAGUAGUGCAAUGAUGUGGUUUGUUUAAGAGAACAUCAAAGUGGAUGUUGCAUUUGAGAUCCCCCUACCAAAGUGGUUUGAGACAUGUAGCUGCUCCUCUGUGUGAGGUAUGAAGCAAUAGUCAUUAUAAUUGUGGGCAUUAUUUUUGAAUCUCAGUCUUGUGGUUUUGGUACACUUGUAAUAUCUGGCUCAUGUGCUGCCUUUGCUCUAGAAAGAGAAGAUUCCUGGUGUGUUGGGCACAGUAUUUAUACUGACUCUCAAACACAAAAAAAUUAUAAGUACUUUCUGAA